AGUGAAUGGGUCUCGCGAGAUCUGAUGGUGUUAAAAACCGGAGUUGCUCUACACAAGCUCUCUUUUUGCCUGCUGCCAUUCCGGUAGGAUGUGACUUGCUUCUCCUGGCCAUGGUUGUGAGGCCUCCCCAGCUAUGUGGAACUAUAGAUGAGGAGCCGACAAAAAAGAGCCUCAGGAUCCAGCACACAUUAUCACGAACUUAGUGUCCAUCCAUCACUGCUGACCCUCUCCGGACCUGACUCCACCCCUGAGGGACACGGGUCAGCCUUGACCAAUGACUUUUAAGUACCAUGGAGAACAGGGGGCCAGAACUUCGGCAGUAAAGAAUAAAAGGCCAGACAGAGAGGCAGCAGCACAUAUCUGCUUCCGACACAGCUGCAAUCACUAGCAAGCUCUCAGACCUGGCAUCAUGGUGCAUUUUACUGCUGAGGAGAAGGCUGCCGUCACUAGCCUGUGGAGCAAGAUGAAUGUGGAAGAGGCUGGAGGUGAAGCCUUGGGCAGACUCCUCGUUGUUUACCCCUGGACCCAGAGAUUUUUUGACAGCUUUGGAAACCUGUCGUCUCCCUCUGCCAUCCUGGGCAACCCCAAGGUCAAGGCCCAUGGCAAGAAGGUGCUGACUUCCUUUGGAGAUGCUAUUAAAAACAUGGACAACCUCAAGCCCGCCUUUGCUAAGCUGAGUGAGCUGCACUGUGACAAGCUGCAUGUGGAUCCUGAGAACUUCAAGCUCCUGGGUAACGUGAUGGUGAUUAUUCUGGCUACUCACUUUGGCAAGGAGUUCACCCCUGAAGUGCAGGCUGCCUGGCAGAAGCUGGUGUCUGCUGUCGCCAUUGCCCUGGCCCAUAAGUACCACUGAGUUCUCUUCCAGUUUGCCAGUGUUCCUGUGACCCUGACACCCUCCUUCUGCACAUGGGGACUGGGCUUGGCCUUGAGAGAAAGCCUUCUGUUUAAUAAAGUACAUUUUCUUCAGUAAUCAAAAA